AUGUUUGUAACAUAUGAUGAUUCAGUCUUUUGGCUAGAAGGUUCUGAUGGUGUUAUUUAUCUUUGGUCUCGCAUAGAUGAUAGCAUGAUACGUGGAGGAGGUAAUCUGAAAGAAGCUUUAACAAAUUACCUUUUUAAUCGUGAAAAUCUUUGUUAUGUUGAUGAGUUUACUCGCGAAUUGGUACCAAUAAAUGCAUAUGAUAAAUUAGUUGAAGAAUGGAAUAAGUCACCCGAGAAAUAUUUUGAGGAGAUUGAUGUAACUGAGAUAUUACAAAAGCAUAGAUCAGAAAUGAGUGAAGAAGAGAAGCAACAAAAAAAAGAAAAAGAAUGA